AUGUACUUGAUUGUAUUCUUGACUACUGUUUCGUGGUCCGUCAAACAGACCACGAAUGGAGAAACGUACAAUUGCGUCGAUUUCUACGAGCAACCUGCAUUCGAUCAUCCUUUACUCAAGGAUAACAAAUUCAACUUUCAGCCAAGCUCUUCCUACUCUGUAGAUUCCUCAGGAUCGUCGAACAAGAAGCAGAGUGAUAUAUGGCUCAAUGGGAAAGGCUGUCCAAUUGGCACAGUUCCGAUCAGGAAAACUACGAGAGAUGAUCUCUCGAGGGCAGAGUCGGCUGCUGAAACAGUACAUACAAACACAAACAACAACUACUUGCAUGUCGCGGUGCUCCGAACAAGUGAAGAGAAGAAAUACUAUGGUGCUGGAAUGAUCACGAGCGUUUACAAUUUUGCUGUCAGUAGCCGACAGUACAGCUCCAGCCGCAUCAAACUUCAGAACGGCCCCGACAGCAUUGUCGUUGGAUGGACAGUAAGAAAAAAAAUGGAAAACAGAACCAUUUACUCUGUUUUGAAUCCUCUAAUUAAGAAGGACUCGCAUUGUUACAACACGUUGUGUCCCGGAUUCAUACUCAUGUCCCCCGACACUCCUUUUGAUUCUGUUCUUCAAGUUUCUGAAAGAGGAAAUCACAUAAGGGCCCAGAAAUUCUUUGUCCGCAAGGAUGCUGCAAGUGGGGAUUGGGUUCUUCAAAUCGGACUGGACAACACAACAGUUGGAACAUGGCCACAGAGGAUAUUCAGCAAACUGAACGAUUCUGCAACUUAUGUCGACUGGGGAGGAGAAGCAUACUCUGCCUCUUCCGAAGAUCUUCCACCGAUGGGUUCAGGUUUCCCGCCGAUGCAAAGUUCGAAGCUCGAUGGCUAUGGCAGGCAAGUCACGGUUGUAGAUGAGAACCAGCAGGUCGAUUACAACCCUCCAGAGUGUGUGACAUAUACGAGUAACAAUAAGAGGUACAAGAUAUUUGAUGAAGGUGUUCUGGAAACAGACAACCAGCGUCUUAUUUUGUUUGGUGGAAGCUCUGGUCCAGCUUGA